UAGAUGCCAGAGAGCCAGGAGCUCCGUUUCACCGCGGAGUAAAAGCAGUCCGCUCUCCUCCGACAGUCGCCUGUGGCUCGAGGAGAAUAAACACAGACACGAAGGGCAUAAGGUGAAUGCGGAUGCCAACAGGCUGAGCCAUGCUGGAUCACGGCCUUCCCUGUCCCAUGGUGGCCCGCAGUAUCCUCAGAUAGCCAUGAACAGCUGCAAGUACAAUGGAGGCAUAAUCAGACCACUCGGCAGUCUGGGGGCAUCCCGGAAGAACCUAGCAGAGCUGGACUCUGAGACCCAGCCUUUGCAGACCCUACACACUUCUGGCCUGGAGGUGGUGGUCUCCAAAGGAAACGGGGAGGACCCAAGUAAGCAGUCCACUGAGAACCUGGUGAGGCAAAGACCAUGCAGCACUCCACAUAAGAAGAACAAGGACAUUGGCUAUAGGCUCGGGCACCGAAGGGCGCUGUUCGAGAAACGCAAACGCCUUAGUGACUACGCCCUGAUAUUUGGAAUGUUUGGUAUUGUUGUUAUGGUGACAGAGACUGAGCUCUCCUGGGGAGUUUAUACAAAGGAAUCCUCAUAUUCAUUUGCACUGAAAUGCCUUAUUAGCCUCUCCACUGUAAUUCUGCUCUGUCUGAUCAUAAUGUACCACGCACGAGAGAUUCAGCUCUUCAUGGUGGACAAUGGGGCGGACGACUGGCGGAUAGCCAUGACAUAUGAGCGGAUCCUCUUCAUCGUGUUAGAGCUCCUGGUGUGUGCCAUCCACCCCAUUCCAGGUCAGUACGUCUUUACGUGGACUGCUCGCCUGGCCUUCACCUACACCCCGUCUGUGGCCGACGCAGACGUGGACAUCAUCCUAUCUAUCCCCAUGUUCCUGCGGCUGUAUCUGAUUGGCCGGGUCAUGCUCCUGCACAGUAAGCUCUUUACGGACGCCUCGUCACGCAGUAUCGGAGCCCUCAAUAAGAUCAACUUUAACACACGCUUUGUCAUGAAGACUUUGAUGACUAUUUGCCCAGGCACAGUGCUGCUGGUUUUCAGUAUAUCAUCAUGGAUCAUUGCUGCCUGGACUGUGCAUGUCUGUGAGAGAUACCAUGAUAAAGUGGAAGUCACUAGUAACUUCUUGGGAGCAAUGUGGUUGAUCUCUAUAACCUUCCUGUCUAUUGGUUAUGGAGACAUGGUGCCUAACACGUACUGUGGGAAGGGAGUGUGUCUACUAACUGGAAUCAUGGGGGCUGGCUGCACUGCCCUAGUUGUUGCUGUCGUAGCAAGAAAACUAGAGCUCACCAAGGCUGAGAAGCAUGUUCAUAACUUUAUGAUGGACACUCAACUCUGCAAAAGAGUAAAAAACACGGCUGCUAAUGUACUCAGGGAAACAUGGCUAAUCUACAAAUAUACUAAACUCGUGAAGAAGAUCGACCACGCCAAGGUCCGGAAACAUCAGCGCAAGUUUCUGCAGGCCAUUCAUCAACUGCGAAGUGUGAAGAUGGAGCAGAGGAAGCUAAAUGACCAAGCAAACACGCUGGUCGACUUAGCAAAGACACAGAAUGUGAUGUACGACCUAGUCUCGGAGCUGCAGGAGCGCAGUGAGGAUCUCGAAAAGCGGAUAGGUCACAUAGAGACAAAACUGGACUCUAUAAACAGCAGUCUGCAGGCUCUGCCUGGUCUGCUCUCACAAGCCAUACAGCAGCAACAGCACCACCUGCUGGACGGGCUGACCCAGCGUGGAUUCACCCUGAUACGACCCUCCUCGCAGGCCUCCGAGCGCUCCUGGUCGUCAUCAGUGCACCGACGGCGGUCACCCUCUACCGCACCACACACGUCCUCUGACAGCGGCUAGCACGCUCGCACACACUCUAAAACCCACACACACUCCCACACACCUCUGUCAUCAACUAACACUGCUAAAAAUACUUUUAGUAAUAAACGUUAACAAGAAUGACAACUUCAACACACAGAGAAAAAAAUUAAAUGAAUUAACACAUCAUGGUAGAGAUAUGGUUUACGUUUAGCCAUUGUAUGGCUGUUUAAAGUUAGCUUUUUUGUAAAGCCCUUGUAUAGUAAUGGACUGGAUUUAGACUAAAGGGGGUGGAAUGGAUUUGUAUGAAGGUGUAGUUUGAAAAAGAGCACUGAAUGGAAUUGAACCAAUGAAAAUGAAAAGGAAAAUGUGAGAAAGAGGAAGUCACCAGAAAGACUUCCUGUUUAUGACAGUGUUUGAAGAUGUAGGCUGAAGAUGUUCGGAAUGGAAUACUAGCGAACCAUUUACUGAAUGCUGCACAGUACACUGUGUACUGCCUACCACGUUUUAAACAAUAUAAUGUUACACUGUUGUCAUAUGACAUCAGCACAUUGCUUGUGAGUUGCGUCAAGUUAGCAUCUUGGAGAUACAUAAUAGUUAAUUGUAUUUUCUUAUUACAUUUUCUUAAUUCAAUGUCUUAACUUUUGGCAUUACAUAAUGAUUAAAAAAAGAUAUGUAAUUAUUUUCGCUCCAUUUGUCACGCUGAAAAUGGAAGGUCAAGUCUAGUGUGCUUUGUUGUAUACUGCACAUUUUGGCUAAUGUAGUAGAUCAUCUGGGUGUUCUAUGCAAUUGUUUAAUUUGCAUACAGUGUACAGUAUACAGUACAUACUAUGUACUGCAGGAAUAGUAAGAGUAGUAUGUUAGUAUGCCAUUCCGAAUAUAGCCUUAGAGCUGAUGGGGCCUUUGGAAGAACAGUGGGCGGUUGAAA